UCGAUCAAAGAGAAAAUUGCGGGACGUAGCAGCAAAUGCGCGAGACGUUUUUGGACCAAUUCUACAGUAAAGUGAUAAAAAUCUAAUUCAUACCCACGAUUUGUGUUUAUCCCCUCUGAACAAAAAACAAAAGAGAACCUUGGAUCUGCUGCAUUCUCUCCCAACCUUCUUCAACCUUGAACCAGGUCAAUCUCUUGCUAACGAAAACAAGAAGAAAGCUUUUAACUUUGCUGCUUACAAGAUUGUUGAAAAUCAAAAGAUGUCUUCAGCUGAGAUCAACAAGAAUGAAGUCGACAUUGUCAUUGGGGCUCUUAACGCUGACCUAACUCAGUUUCUGACCAGCUGGAAGUCCUUUUUCUCUGGUUUCCAUCUGAUUGUUGUCAAAGAUCCUGAGCUUAAGGAGGAACUCAACAUACCAGAAGGCUUUGAUGUAGAUGUCUACUCCAAGACUGACAUGGAAAAAGUUGUGGGCGCAUCCAAUGCCACCAUGUUCUCUGGUUAUUCUUGCAGAUAUUUUGGUUAUCUCGUAUCUAAAAAGAAGUACAUUGUCUCAAUUGAUGAUGAUUGUGUCCCGGCUAAAGAUCCCAAGGGGUUCCUGGUGGAUGCUGUGACUCAGCACGUGAUUAACCUCGAAAACCCUGCAACGCCUCUCUUCUUCAAUACCCUUUACGAUCCUUACUGUGAAGGAGCGGAUUUUGUUCGUGGAUACCCUUUCAGCCUCAGAAGUGGUGUCCCUUGUGCUGCAUCUUGUGGACUUUGGCUUAAUCUAGCUGAUCUUGAUGCUCCAACACAAGCUCUCAAGACAGAGCAAAGGAACACUGCAUAUGUUGAUGCGGUUAUGACUGUCCCUGCUAAGGCUAUGCUACCCAUAAGUGGAAUCAAUAUCGCUUUUAACCGCGAGUUGGUAGGUCCAGCUUUGGUGCCUGCACUCAGAAUCGCUGGAGAAGGGAAAGUGAGAUGGGAAACUCUUGAAGAUGUUUGGUGUGGGAUGUGUCUGAAACAUAUCUCUGAUCAUUUGGGUUAUGGUGUGAAAACCGGACUGCCUUAUGUCUGGAGAAACGAGAGAGGAGAUGCGGUGGAGAGUUUGAGGAAGAAAUGGGAAGGAAUGAAGCUGAUGGAGAAAAGUGUUCCCUUUUUCGAGUCACUGAAAUUGCCUGAGACUGCACUCAAAGUUGAAGAUUGUGUGAUUGAGCUUGCUAAGGCGGUGAGAGAGCAAUUAGGUUCAGAUGAUCCUGCCUUCACGCAAGCAGCUGAUGCUAUGGUUAAGUGGAUCCAGCUCUGGAAUUCUGUUAAUUCUAGCGGUUAAAGUUAAACUGAUGAAUCUAUCUCUUGAGGUUAGAUUCCUUUAUCACUCUUGAGGUUAGAUUCCUUUAUCACUUUAGGUUCCUUUAUCACUUCUACCAGAGAUUUUACCAAAGUCGUUUGCUCAAGUAUCAUCAUGUUUAUUUCUUUGUUUUUAUCUAAUUAUAAGCAAGCAUGUUUUUGAGUCUUUCAAUAAUGUAAACCUUGACUGAUGAAACCCAUCUGGUUCUCAACUUGAUGACAAUAUAUAUUGCGUCGCUUUUAA